GACUGAAAUACUGCAGAAAUGUGUGCAAGUGUAGCCUGCAAAGAGACUUUGCUCUCUUGGUGACAAACUGGGGAGUGUAUUUAUAUGUGUCUGAAUAGAAAUCCCCUCUUGGUGCCAGCGCCUCUGUACACUGUGUUAUUCUGAGUGACAGUGUUCUGGAAAUCCCCCACCUAGUCGUUAGCUCCGCCCCGCCGCAGCAGAAGGGCAUUUACAGCCAUCUGCACAACUCCGCCCGCAGACAACUAAGCGCACCCUCGUCCCGAACAACAAGCCACCAUGGCCCUGCACCGGACCAGUAUAUUAAACCAAAUGGAUUACGGCCGGGAGUCGAAAGAAGGGAAGCCGGCUCCGUCGGCGGAGGAGCGGCUGGACAGCGGCUUGGACUCGCUGAAGGAGGAGGAGUACCAGGCUGUGGCGGCCGAGAUCCGUCAGCUCCAGUUGGAGUGCGAGCCGCCGCAGCGCAAACAAGCUCUCACUGCAACCGGAGAGCCGCACGAAUGGAAAACGCAAAUCACGGAAGACGGAGACACGCUGCUCCACCUGGCCAUCAUCCACGAGGCCAAGGACUACAUCAGAGGCAUGAUAGACCUGUCCAAGAACACAGACUUCCUCGACACACAAAACGACCAGAGACAGACUCCUCUCCACUUGGCAGUAAUAACGGACCAGGCGGACGUGUGCCAGCGCCUGCUGGUGUCCGGCUGCGACCCCACACUUGUGGACGACAGCGGGGACACGCCUCUUCACAUCGCCUGUCGCCACGGUAACCUGUUGUGCUUCAGCGUCCUCACGCAGAACUGUCCGCCGGAGCAUCUGCACACGGUGAUGGCCGCCUGCAACUAUCACGGUCAGAACUGCCUCCACCUGGCUUCAGUUCAGGGUUUCCUGUCACUGGUGGAGAACAUGGUGGAUCUUGGAGCUGACAUUAACUCAAAGGAGCAGCGUAACGGUCGCAGUGCGCUGCACCUGGCCGUGGACCAGCAGAAUCUCUCGCUGGUCAGACUGCUGCUGAAGAAAGGAGCAGAUGCCAACCUCCUGACCUCCGGGGGCCACACUCCCUUCCACCUCACCUACGGCCGCAGCGACGACGACAUCCGGAAAGAGCUGUACUCGCUGACCAAUCCCGACCUGCGAGAGCUGCCCGACAGCGAGUCGGACGACAGCGAGGAGGAGGAGGAGGACGAGUCCGACGAGGAGGUGGGUUAUGACGACAUACAGUGGAAUGGACAUUAGCAGGAAGAAGGAGGGGGGAGGAAGUUACAGAGGCAGGAGGAUGCGAUGAUGACGACGGUAAAGGACAAGAGAACGGGCUCUGCACGUCUACUACUUCCUGCAACGACGUCACACGACAGCGUUGGUGGGGGGGAGGGGGGAACGGAGGCCGACGGAACAGAUGGACAGACGGCAACAACGAGUCCGUCCCAGGCUGCGGGAGAGCAAACACGCCGAGCUUUGACUACACCACGACGGGAUGAGUUUUGCUGUAUGAGAGGAUUGCUUGUAAUUUGUGGACACCACCAAUCAUUUGUCACAAAAAAAAACAUCCAUCCACACAGAUGUACCUGCAACAGCUCUGUUGUAUGAUAUUGUAAAUGCUGUGUAUACAAAGAUGUAUUUUUUAUGGAAGCUGUGAAUGUGUACAGUUGAGCAGGUUGUAUAUGUCAGGCAGCAAACAGUCCAGCACACUCCAGUUAAAUUAAAGUCACUCAUAUUUAACAGUACAAAAUCUGUGUGCAUGUUUGUGGGGAUGGGAUUGGUGGCAUGAGGGGUGGCAUGUGAUUGGAAGAUUACAGUUAGUCAUUGAUGGUAACUAGUUUGGAGAGAAAGCUCAUUAAGAACCCAACGUAUAAUCAACAGCGCCUGACAAUACGACAAGGCUGCGAUUAUACCAGACAUCACUUUUACCACUUGGCUUCUCUGCCGCCGUCAGUAUGUCUGCUUCUGUGAAGGCCUCCACCCAAACAUGACAGCUGAGUUUGAGUUUUAUUUUCAUGUUACGCAGGAAAGGGCCAAUAACUCGUUUCCACUGAAUGAGGAACUGACGGCUAAUUGAACUCUCAACAGUUCCUCUGUGUGUGUGUGUGUGUGUGUGUGUGUGUGUGUGUGUGCGUGCGUGCGUGCAGAAAGAGAUAAGAAGCAUAAGGGGAAUUGUGAGGACGGUCACUCGGUUAUCUAAACCAGGAAGUUUUUAGGAGGGUGGGGCUAAGGAGGAAGGGACAGGAAAUUCCCAGGAACAGAACUCAGCAGUUUCGCGACAUUCCACUUCUCGUUCCUCCAAAGAAGGGAAUCUCCGCCGAACAACAGGACGCUUCAUUCAAGCUCGGGGCGGAGGGGAGUUUUACUCCAGUUCCAGUAAAAUAAAUAUCAAGCGUCAAACUGCUAAUUACGCUUAUGUAAGUAUGAUUAUAAAGCAGCUCAGUGUGUUGGCUUUACGCUCUGCAACUUUUAACAUACAAUGGAGAUGUAAUGUAACUUUAUAACAGCUGUGAGUACAAACUAUAAAAACUAAUAUAUUUUAAA